GGUGAGGAAUUGGUAACAGUGUCUCCGUCGAACGGAGGACAACAACAGGAAAGUUGGAAGGUGCAACAACAACAGCAACACCAACAACAACACCAACAACAACAGCAACAACAACGUCGUGGACAAUUGCAAACGGUGAAUAAACGAACACGUCCGAGUCCCCCGGUCCCACCACCCCCACCGUUGAUAUCUUGCAAGGUCAAUGCCAAGGAUAUCGGCAAGUACUUUGAUUGGCCGAACAAGGAGAACACCACACCUGGAAAUGCAUUGAAUCUUAUCCCUUCUAAUAACUGUAAUAAUAAAAAGGGAAAGGUUUUUGAUAAAAAGGAUCAAGAAAAAGGGGAAGAAGAAGAGGUGUCAGAAGAAGAACAGGAAGAGAAGGAGGUGGUGGGGGGCCAAGGUGAGGAAAAUCAAAAAGAAAACGAAGAAGAAGAAGAGGAAAAGGAAUCGAUCAACGAAAUGGGCUCAAAUCUCAGCAGACACAAUGGCAAAGGCCUAACUGGUCGUAGAACACAAUCCUCGGGAAACUUAUGCGAACCACCUAAGGGAAAGUUCAAUGGUAUGGGAAAGAUUCUGGUCCCUUGUUCGAGCAGUUCACAGAGAGAAAGGUCAGUUUUACUUCAUCGAUUUUCAAACACCCAAUCUGAUAUCAACUCCCUCCUCUUCUCUUCACAUCCCCUCAUUCAAUCCUUCAUUUAUGGUGUGUAUCAACAGAGUGAUUUGGAUUUAGUCAGGUGUCGUCAUGGAAAUUUUGAUUCGGUUAGAAGAAAUCGUAGUAUCGAAACAAUGAUCAACGAAACUAGCAGACGUUAUAAUGGACGUGGAACCUCAUCAAUGGAUGACAGGUGUCAACGUAAUUCAGAUUUGGAUUUAGUCGGUACUUUACCAAAACGUAAACAAGAAUUACGUAGCAGUAUUUUGAACAAAUCUAUCGAUACGACUAAUUCAUCGUGUGGUUCUCAAUUCGUUGGUAAAAAAUUUGACGUUAGUUCAUCGGACGAUGAUUUAUUGAUGCGAAUUGUGCAUAAACCGGAUUGUGAAUUGGUUAAACAUCGGCAACAAUUAAACAAGUGCGUUGAUAUUAAAUUAAAUAAGCUUGUUGGUGCUACUGGUGAACCGCAGGAUCAAGGAUACGCUUCUGAACGUUCACCGGAGGACGAACAUCCUCCUUCGUUGCCUGGACAACCAUUUCCAAGUGUAACACCCGAGAGCACUUUCCGAGUGACGUUACAAAAGAGCAGUCGAGGUUUAGGCUUGAGUGUUUCCGGUGGUGGUACUGCAGGACCCGUCAGAGUGAAGAGGCUCUUUCCUUUACAACCUGCUGCAUUGUCUAACAAACUUCAACCCGGAGAUAUACUUCUCGCAGCCAAUGGAAUCCCUUUAACCGGCUUAACGAAUUACGAAGCAUUAGAAGUUUUACGAACGACCCCGAACACGGUCGAGUUGGUAGUGUGCAGACUUCCAGGUGACACAAAUGUUUCCCCACCUGGUGCACCCCCGCCACCCCCUGCCCGUCGUGAACCACCACCACCAUUACGAAUACCCAACCCUCUGCCACCACUGCAAAUAGAGCCCUGUGGCGAAUUCGACAUAGAAAUGUUGAAAGUAGGAGGUAGCUUAGGGUUCACCCUGAGAAAAGCUGAUAGCAGUGCAUUGGGGCAUUACGUAAGAGCACUCGUCCGUGAACCAGCACUCAGCGAUGGUAGGAUUCGUCCUGGUGACAAGAUCGUCGCGGUUGAUGGUGCACCGCUUUCACCGAUGAGCCAUGAAGAAGCUGUGGCCCUCUUGAGACAAUGUGGACCCAAAGUGAAGCUUCGAUUAUAUCGUGAUUUGGCACAAACACCGGUUUCCGCUCUAUCGCCAACCGAACCAGAUCAUCCGCUUCGUCCACCGCGAACCUGUUUGAGACAAGAAGCAGUGGAUAUGCUAUGCGAUUUAGCAGCCCGAAAACUAUCGCCAGGUACGUCUAGCGGUUCUAGUUGCUUGCAAUCACCUGGGGCAUCCUGUAAUUCACCGAGAAGACAUCGAAGACUCGCAACGCGUACUCCCACUGCCGAUAACGAUCAAGAGAUCCCGGAGAAAUUUCACGAAGGACAAACAACAUCGAUAGGUAGCCAGGCUGAAACUUCGGAUUCCGAUCAAUGCUCUAUCAGAACGCAAAUAACAAACUCUCAAGCGAAUACACCGAUCUCCAAUACAGACAUAAUCAUAGAUCCACCAUCGCAGUACCACGUAUGCGAAGCUAACGAAUCACCCUUGAGGACUCCAACACGACCAAGUUUCUUGGAUCUAUCCGCGCCACAUGGGAAACCACAUUUUCAAUUUUGCAGCGCUGAUUCAGACGAGUAUCCAGUAGAAACGAUGCUGUUCUCCGAAAAGGAUUCAAGUUCAUUUGAAAAUGAUUAUCGUGGCAAAGAAAUCCGUGGAUUGUCCAGUGACGAACAGGACACCGAUUUACCUUCGGAACCAGCAUCGAUGCCACCGGUACUAUCAUCAACCAGCAGUACCAGUACAGCUGCCUUCAGUUACAAAAAUCCUGCCUAUCAAAGUGCCAAUCCGGCAUGCGGCGUUACUAUUGACACCGCAUCGAAAAACAAAGUUACGCAUUCGAGCGAUCAAGAUAUACCAGGUAAGAUUCUUGGAACAGAAGAUCCUGCUGGUAGCAAGGGUCUUUUAAAGUGGAAAGGUGUUAUGUUUGCACCAAACGACGAUAUGAACGAAAACGAAAAAGAUGAAAACAAAGUUGACGACGAUAACAAAGACACUUUGGACUCGGCUGUAUCUUCUGAAAAUCAGGAUGAACAGGGAAACGAAGUGUUCAUGGUAGAAUUGACACGUGGAUGGAACAGUAGAUUAGGUUUCAGUUUAAAAUCUGAAAAUAAUCAAACUGUUAUAUCUGUCGUACAUCCAGACAGUGUUGCAGCUAGAGACGGAAGACUGAGACAAGGAGAUGUGUUGUUAAUGGUCAACGAUGAAAGUGUUGAAAAUAUGACGACAGCUGAAAUAAUAGACUUGUUACGUAAGAUACGUGGUUCUAUAGGUAUCACUGUGAUGAGAAGAAGCAAGCAAGAAAAUAACGCGACGUGACAGUAAAUCGAUAAUUGUGGAAAAAAAUAUUUACAAAAGGCUCAUCGAAAGAUAAACGAUGACACGAUUCUUGUAAAUCUGAAGAUACAGAAACGAAUCUGACGUAUAGGAUAUGUUAACGAUCGAACAUCCUUGUAGAUCGUAAACCUCGUGAUCAAUAAAAAAAGACUGCGUUUCCUAUACAAAUAAUUAAGAGCGUGAAAGAAUAUAUCUAUAUAGAAAAAAAGAAAUUAAAUAGAUGAUUUAUCCCAAUUAAAAGAAAAUAAAUGAAGAAGGAAAGAAAAGGAAAGAAAGAAAAGAAAAGAAAA